ACCCAACACUAUCGGAUUUGCGCUGUACUGUUUUUUAAGAAAAUUACACUCAAAACUCCCAGUUUUCUUUGUGAAGUAUUCGUUCAGCUCCUCUUUGUCUAUAACCAAUAUGGCUCCUAAUGUGAUCAAAGCCAACAAGGCGGCGGCGGCCACUCUGGCGAAGGCGGCGAGCCUGAGCAGCAGGGCGUACGUGACGUUCCUGGCCGGCAACGGGGACUACGUGAAGGGCGUGGUGGGGCUGGCCAAGGGCUUGAGGAAGGUCAACACCGCUUACCCGCUUGUCGUGGCGGUGCUGCCGGACGUCCCGAAGGAGCACCGCCGCAUGCUGGUGGCUCAGGGCUGCAUCGUCCGCGAGAUCGAGCCCGUUUAUCCGCCGGAGAACCAGACCCAGUUCGCCAUGGCCUACUAUGUCAUCAACUACUCCAAACUUCGUAUAUGGGAGUUUGUGGAGUAUCACAAGAUGAUAUACUUGGACGGAGACAUCCAAGUGUACGGCAACAUAGACCACCUCUUCGACAUGCCGGACGGCUAUUUUUACGCCGUGAUGGACUGCUUCUGCGAGCACACGUGGUCCCACACUCCGCAGCACAAGAUUGGGUAUUGCCAGCAACGGCCACACAAGGUCAACUGGCCGGCGGAGCUGGGUCCCAAGCCGGCGCUCUACUUCAACGCCGGCAUGUUUGUGUACGAACCCAGCCUGUCCGUCUACGAUGACCUCUUGCGGACUCUCAAGAUUACCCCUCCUACCUCUUUCGCUGAGCAGGACUUUUUGAAUAUGUUCUUUAGGGAUAUUUACAAGCCCAUCCCAUCAACAUACAACCUCGUUCUGGCCAUGUUGUGGCGACACCCGGAGAAUGUUCAGCUCGACAAAGUCAAGGUUGUUCACUACUGUGCUGCGGGAUCGAAGCCGUGGAGGUUCACCGGAGAAGAAGAGAACAUGGACAGAGGUGACAUAAAGAUGCUGGUGAAGAAAUGGUGGGACAUAUACGACGACAAGUCGUUGGAUUAUAAGGGAGCCGUGGAUGGUGAAGGUGGUAGAAAUUUCACGGCGGCGUUGACGAAGGCCGGCGUGGUUCAUUUCGUCUCCGCCCCAUCCGCCGCCUAGCUUCUUGCCGAGCUCCUUAAGUCUCCUUCUUCUUCCUGGGUGUGUGUUUGUAUAAUACAUACAUACAUACAUAUAUGUAUGUAUGCAUUCAUGUUUCCCAAUUAGUGUAUAGGUUGAUAGAUUGAAAAGGGUGGCCUCUUGUUUUUUAUUGUAGGCACCCUUGGAGUGGAAGUUUAGUUUGUAGGCAACUGUUAUGUAGCCCACGGUCGGGCAAUAUAACAGUUGGCCCCUGAGAGAAAGGGGGUGGGCCCACAUACAUGUGGGCAACAUAGCAGCAGUGCCCUUGGUUUGUAUACCCUUACUUGGACAGUGAUUGUUUGUUAAUAUAUUAAGAAUAUAUUUUGUGGUA